CCACAAUGAACACGGCGGAGGCGCCCUCGCUCUGAUUGGCCGAAAUUCUGGCGUAACUUUGGCGCUCCCAGGGCGUCAGAGGGACUGGCUUCUGGAUGUGGUUUGUGUCAGGGUUCGAACCUCAGAGCUCUAUUGGAUUUGCUCGUCCUCACCUUUCAGGAAAAUCCAAGAUGGGCCGCCAGGUUUGGGAGAAGUGAAACCCAAGGCUGUAUCUCCUUAUGUUUCUGCUUAUGCCCUGGUCACCUUCGAGAAACGUGGGAAUAAAGGGAGGACGUGCUCCUGGUGGCCGACCUUCCGGCUGGGGUCGCUCUAGCGCUGCUGUUUGGGAGCUUUUUUGUUCCGGGCGCAGCCUUGUUUAAUUAAAGUGGGAACUGAUGCACUGAAGGAAGCAAAGGUUUGCCCUAACCACUCACCCGAGGGCUCUGGAGACCUUGCAGAUCAAUCUACUUUGUAGACACUCGAACGUUCUGCGGAGGAGGGUCCGGAUGCGUUUGCGUGGGAACUAGAAUUUUAAAGGUUCCUGGUGUUUCGAAAACCGAGUUUUGAACACCACCACACCUGCAGCGUGGGAUUCGUGAUUGUCUCUACAGAUCCCGGGACUUCAACAUGUAUCUUGGUUCUUGGUUAAGUCGUCUAUGCAGGGGUUUAUCCAGACCCAUCGGAAAGACCAUGCAGCCAAUCUGGAGUUCUCUUUCCAGAAAUCUGGCUUUGAGUUCACAAAGAAUUCCAGAGUUCAGUAGCUUUGUUGCUCGGACCAACACAUGUGGAGAGUUGCGUUCUUCCCACUUAGGCCAAGAAGUCACUCUGUGUGGAUGGAUUCAGUACCGAAGGCAGAACACCUUCAUAGUCCUAAGAGAUUGCCACGGUCUUGUUCAAAUUCUCAUUCCCCAGGAUGAGUCAGCUGCAUCUGUGAGGAGGAUUUUGUGUGAAGCCCCUGUGGAGUCUGUGGUGAGAGUAUCUGGGACAGUAAUUUCCCGACCUCCGGGACAAGAGAAUCCGAAAAUGCCAACAGGUGAGAUUGAAAUCAAAGUUAAAACAGCCGAGCUCCUGAAUGCCUGCAAAAAGCUGCCCUUUGAAAUUAAAGACUUUGUGAAGAAAACAGAGGCCCUUCGUUUGCAGUAUCGGUACUUAGAUCUGCGCAGCUUCCAAAUGCAGUACAACCUGCGGCUGAGGUCACAGAUGGUCAUGAAAAUGCGGGAAUAUCUCUGUAAUCUGCACGGAUUUGUGGAUAUAGAAACCCCAACAUUGUUUAAGAGGACCCCCGGAGGUGCCAAGGAGUUUUUAGUACCAUCCAGGGAACCUGGGAAGUUUUAUUCUCUCCCUCAAAGUCCUCAGCAAUUUAAGCAGCUUCUGAUGGUUGGUGGUUUAGACAGGUAUUUUCAGGUCGCCCGGUGUUAUCGAGAUGAAGGCUCAAGACCAGAUAGACAGCCAGAGUUUACUCAGAUUGACAUAGAGAUGUCCUUUGUAGACCAGACUGGUAUUCAGCGUUUAGUUGAGGGGUUGCUGCAGUAUUCCUGGCCUGAUGAUAAAGACCCUCUAGUGAUUCCUUUUCCUUCCAUGACUUUUGCUGAAGCAUUGGCCACCUAUGGAACUGAUAAGCCAGAUACUCGCUUUGGGAUGAAGAUUGUGGAUCUCAGUGAUGUGUUCAGAAACACAGAGAUCAGAUUUCUUCAGGAUGCACUGGCGAAGCCCCAAGGAACUGUCAAAGCAAUAUGUGUUCAUGAAGGAGCAAAGUAUUUAAGGAAGGAAGACAUUGAGUUCAUUAGAAAGUUUGCAGCUCAUCAUUUCAGUCAGGAAGUCCUACCUAUAUUCCUGAAUGCCAAGAAGAACUGGAGUUCACCAUUUGCUAAAUUUAUAAUGGAGGAGGAAAGACUGGAAUUAACCAGACUGAUGGAGAUACAAGAAGAAGACAUGGUGCUACUGACUGCUGAGGAACAUGAGAAAGCAUGCUCUCUGUUGGGAAAGUUACGGCUAGAGUGUGCAGACCUUUUGGAGAUGAGAGGAGUGGUGCUCCGAGAGCCAGCAGUGUUCUCUUUCCUUUGGGUGGUUGACUUUCCACUCUUCCUUGCCAAGGAAGAGAGUCCCACAGAGCUGGAGUCAGCCCACCACCCAUUCACUGCUCCUCACUCCAGUGACAUUCACCUCCUCUAUACUGAGCCAGAAAAGGUUCGUGGCCAACACUACGACUUGGUUUUAAAUGGCAAUGAGAUAGGAGGUGGUUCUGUCCGAAUUCAUGAUGCACAGCUACAGAGGUACAUCCUGGAAACAUUGCUAAAGGAAGAUGUGAAAUUGCUUUCCCAUCUGCUUCAGGCUUUAGAAUAUGGAGCACCCCCACAUGGAGGAAUUGCCUUAGGGUUAGACAGACUGGUAUGUCUUGUCACUGGAGCACCCAGCAUCAGAGAUGUCAUAGCCUUCCCUAAAUCCUACCGAGGACAUGAUCUUAUGAGCAAUGCUCCAGACUCUGUGUCUCCAGAAGAGCUGAAGCCUUACCAUAUCCACAUCUUAUGGCCAACAGACUCAGAAGAGGAAAGGGCAUCCGCCACACCUUCCAAACACUUGAGCUCUUAACCAAAGCUAAAAUAAGAUCCAGACCUGCCACAGGCUUUAGAAUAAGUUUGUGUAGAAGCAAUCAUUACCUAGUAAGGAACAGAAGCUAUACAAUUGUGAUGUGGUCAUAUGUACCAUUAGGACUUUCUGUGGUUGGGAGUUCUAUGGAAGUUUUUUAAUUAAGAGAAUUGAAAAUGAAACAAACAAACAAAAAAAUCUCUUUAUUGGAGUAUCUAGAUCUUCCUGUUUUCUAAGCAUGUUUCUAUAUCCAGGUAAGUCAUUUAGGACAAGGUUAUGAGAAUACAAGAAAAUGAUCGCCUCUGUAGACCAGCCAGUUAAUACAGCAAGGCUUCAGUUCAUCUAGCCUCACUAGAACCAUAUAAUGUCCUAAGAAGUAGCAUAGUAGAAUCAAAAAGAAAAAAAUUACAAGUAACCGAAUUCUAUUGUGUUGCACCUUGAGCAAGUUACAAAUGUCUCUUAGCUGCUCCAGCUGCUUAUAUAAUGUGAAUGACACUUGUCCAGGAAUCUUGUUGCCAAAAUCAUGAGGUAACAUUUGUGGGAGAUAUAUGAUUUGAAAUACUGUAAUGCAGGGCUGAAAAUACAGCUGUCUUAGUCACUGUUCUAUUGGAUUAUAGUUUCAGAUAUGGCUUAUAUUAUCAGCUGGUGGUAAACACAUGGUAAAGAAGUAACUGAGAAGUGUAUACCUUGACCUGCAGGCAAGGAGGAAAAACUGGGCCUGGCACAGGCUUAUUUGCUUGCUUACUUAUGCUUUUCAAGACAAGGUUUCCUUGGCAUGGGCUUGUUUAUUUAUAGUUUUUCAAGUCAAGGUUUCUCUGGGUAGCCCUGAAUGUCCUAGAACUCUUUCCUAUAGCCCAAGCUAGCCUCAGACUUUUAGAGAUCUGCCUGCCUCUGCCUCCCAAGUGCUGGGAUUAAAAUGCAUGCUCUUCAAGAGCCCUGGCAUGGGCUCUUGAAACUUUAAUACCCACCCCCAGUGACAAAUAUAUGUCUAUAGUAACUAAUAAACAUUCAAAUGAGUUUAUUAGUAUCCCCUCUCAUUUAUUCCCUUCUCUGAAAGGGGAGAGUACUACCCUGAGUAUC